AUGGGUGGCGAUUUACCUUUAGAAAUUGAUGUUAAAAUCCCAACCGGAUUAACUUACAAACAACCAACGGGUUUGUUCAUCAACAAUGAAUUUACCUACCCAAAACAAAAGAGAACUUUUGAAGUUAUUUCCCCAGUUAAUGAAGAAGUAGUUGCCAGUGUUUAUGAAGCAUUGGAGGAAGAUGUUGACGUUGCCGUUGAUGCCGCAAUUGCUGCUUAUCAAACUUGGUCAACUAGUGCUCCGGAGCUUAGAUCUUCUGUAUUGUACAAAGUCGCUGAUUUGGUUGAGAAGAAUGCUGAUACUUUGGCUCAAAUUGAAACAUUGGACAAUGGUAAAUCCAUUUCAAAUGCAAAAGGUGACGUUCAAUUGGUUGCCAACUACUUUAGAUCAUGUGCUGGUUGGUGUGACAAGAUUUUGGGUUCUGUCAUCAACACUGGGGGUACUCAUUUCAACUAUACUGAAAGAGUUCCAUUGGUUUGUGGUCAAAUUAUUCCAUGGAACUUUCCUCUUUUGAUGUUGUCGUGGAAAUUGGGUCCAGUUUUGGCCAGUGGUUCCACAACUGUGUUAAAAACCGCUGAACAAACACCAUUGUCAGCCUUGUUUUUCGCCAAAUUAUUGGUUGAAGCUGGCUUGCCAAAAGGUGUUGUCAAUAUCAUUUCUGGUUUUGGUAAGACUGCUGGUGCUGCUAUUGCCAGCCACAUGAAGUUGGAAAAGGUUGCUUUUACUGGAUCCACUCUUGUUGGUAAAACCAUUAUGAAGGCUGCUGCCGACUCAAACUUGAAAAAGGUGACAUUGGAAUUGGGUGGUAAGUCUCCAAAUAUCGUGUUUGAUGAUGCUGAUGUUGAUAAUACCAUUAAAAACAUUAUUGCUGGUAUUUUUUACAACUCUGGUGAAGUCUGCUGUGCCGGUUCACGUGUCUUGAUUCAAUCUGGAGUUUAUGAUGAAGUUGUAAAGAAAUUGAAGGCUGCUGCUGAAAAUAUCAAAUGUGGUGAUCCAUUUGACCCAAACACCUUUAUGGGUGCUCAAGUUUCCGAAAUUCAAAUGUCAAAGAUUUUACAAUACAUUGAAUCAGGUAAGGAACAAGGUGCAAAGAUCAUCACUGGUGGUUGCAGAGCUGACGGUAAAGGUUACUUUGUCAAGCCAACCAUUUUCGGAGAUGUUGCUGGUCACAUGAAGAUUGUCAAGGAAGAAAUCUUUGGUCCAGUUGUCACAUUGAUCAAGUUUGAUACUGUUGAUGAAGCAAUUGAAUUGGCCAACAACACUGAAUAUGGUUUAGCUGCAGGUGUUCACUCAAGAGACGUUAACAAGUGUAUCUAUGUCUCAAGCAAAAUCAAGGCCGGUACCAUUUGGGUCAACACUUACAAUGAUUUCCACCCAAUGGUUCCAUUUGGUGGAUUCAGUGCUUCUGGUAUUGGUAGAGAAAUGGGUGAAGAAGUGUUCCAUGAGUACACUCAAACUAAAGCUGUGAGAAUCAGAUUAAACACAAAGUUUUAA